GAAAUAAAAUACAGGAAUAACAUGGGCUUUGGCCUCAUCCAGCAAGGUAGCGUUAGUCUUACUAUCUUGUUAGAAAAAAUAGAAGAAUUUUCAUCCAAUACUAGAGAGCAGCAAGACUAUUAUGAGAAAAGGUGUCAAUAAAAUGUUCAGGAUCUAACUCCUUAUGGCUUCAAAGUUUAUUAAAAAAAACUGUGCCCCAAAACAGGUAAGUAAUCAGCAAUGUUGGCAAGGCAAAUUUUAAUAUGAUCCUGCAAGCACAGAGCCAGCCUUUUAAAGGCUGUUUUCAUUCUGACUGUGUCGCAGUUUCCAAAAAUUCUUCAAAAGUAGCUCCAAAUAGAACACAUUCCAAUAAUCCAGUUUUUAUGUAACCAGGGCAUAUGUCAGCUUAGCUAGAUCUUAUCUCAGAUAUCAACACAUUCUGGACAAAGUCAUUUUAGAUGACUGGAUGAGAAAGGUUAAGUGUGGACAGCUGAGCCAAAAUGAUGUCAAGCACCUCACUUCGUGCACUAGACAAGGACAAGACAACCUUACGGUCCAUGGGCACGUUUCUAGCUCUGAGCACAUUUGUAUAGUUUACACAGGAUACUUAUGAUGACGGGAGACUUAACUCCAGUGUCUUUCAGGUAUUCGGUUCUUCUCGUAAACCGAACGGCUUCUGAAGCUGCAAUUCAUGUUUACCGUUCCCGCACUCUGCUCUUUAAAUACAUCACAUGAUAAGAGAUCAGAUGGUGCUCCGCACAGCGCGCCUAGGAAGCUGGGCUGAGUUGGUGUUUGCAAAAGGCUGGACGCUAAACAUCCCCUCUCUCUUCGAAGCACGUUUGCAGAAUAUUUUACCGCCAGCAAGAGACGCGGCUCCCUCCAGCCGGGACCUAUCGCUAAUAACCAAACCGUUCGCAUGAGGAAAGAUGGAGGCCGGCUUUGAUGAAUACCGGCGGCCCACCCUCCCAGACAACUUUCGAAUUCUGUUGGCUAGCGUCAUAAAAUGUUAGCCAAUGGGCGAACCCGAAUACGCCGAAGCCCCACCCAACGCGUCUCUUUUCUAAGCGUCCAGCCUUUGAACGGAGGAGGGUGGGUGUUGCCUUUCUUAGUGAUUGGCUGGAAGGGCCCGUCACUCCCCUGACGUCUACAGCUGACUCGACAAUUGGUUCCGCCCAGGCGCGAAAUGUAACGCGGGAAAGUCUGGGGCUCGGUAGUGGUGGUCGGGGUUGCUGCUGCUGCUGAUGGUGAGAAGCUGCGAUUGCUUCAGAGAGCCGGGCAGAGACUGCAUGGGAUUGGCAUCUCCACGAAGGAGUCUUCCUGCCAUGCAUACCUGAGGCGUUCCUUUUCGGACCCCAAAGAAAAAGCCAAGUGAAGCGCCCGCGGAAGUGCUGGCGGUACCAACCACCGCGGAUCAAGAAGCAAGCAUCUCGGACUGGCGCAGGAUGUCUGAGCGGCCAGGCCCUCCGGCCGUCAUCGUGUGUUCGGGAAACUCCCCGAAGCGCGUCUUGGUCUCGGUCAUCAAAACCACCCCAGGCGGCGGGCCCCGAGGUGCCGUUGGGCGUUCCGCCGGAGAGGACGAAGAAGCGGGCAGCCCGGACAGCGGCAUUGGGAGCAGCGGGCACUUGAGGGAUGGGAUUAGAAGAGGUCGACCAAGAGCAGAGACAGUCCGAGAUCUAAUAAAUGAGGGAGAGCAUUCAUCUAGCAGAAUACGUUGUAAUGUCUGCAACAGAGUUUUCCCUCGAGAGAAGUCUUUGCAGGCACACAAAAGAACUCAUACUGGUGAAAGACCUUAUUUGUGUGAUUACCCAGAGUGUGGGAAAGCUUUUGUUCAGAGUGGGCAACUUAAAACACAUCAGCGUCUCCAUACAGGAGAGAAACCUUUUGUCUGUGCAGAAAAUGGAUGCAUAAGCAGAUUCACACAUGCAAACCGACAUUGUCCCAAGCAUCCAUAUGCAAAAUUAAGACGAGAAGAACCUACAGAUAGACUGAACAAAAAGCAAACUGCAGACAACAAAGCUGUUGCUGAAUGGCUGGCAAAAUAUUGGGAAAUGAGAGAACAACGCACUCCUGUGUUGAAAAGUAAAUCUAUUCACAAGCCUGACCAGGAACAGCAAGAUCCCAUGGAAUAUCUUCAGUCUGAAGAUGAGGAAGAAGAGGAAAAAAAUACUGCUCAUUCAUCCCUUUGUAGCCGCCUUCAAGAACAGCGUGAACGCUUACAUGGGGCACUGGCACUCAUUGAGCUUGCAAAUUUGGCUGGAGCCCCACUGCGACAGUAAUAGAAGAACUGGAGCUGAGGAUUAACAAACUGUACUGAGUUUUGUUACUUAAACCAGUUAGCUUCUGGCAUAAGCUAAGCACCUUAUUGGCUUCCAUAGGCUGCUAUUAUGUAGAAUUUAUGAAGAAUGUUGGUACCCUAGAAAAUAGGGUAAAAGAUUUGCACUUUUUAUAUGGUAAAGCUUUUAAAGUAUUUUGUAAAUAGGAGAUUGUGUAAUGCAGUGUGAAACGUGAUCAUUUUACAGAAAGCUAAAUUUGCAAGGUUAGGGCUGUGCUUUUAAUCACAGUUGUAUGGAAGUAAGUCACUGCAAUCAGUGAAAUUUGCCUCCAUAAAAACAGUGUUUAAAAUUGGGACGCCAGUCAUUCUUUGUUUCAGUUCUCACAGGAAGCACUUUCUGAACUUGUAUGGGAAUAAUGGUACAUACAUUCAAAGAAAAAUAAUAGAUUUUUUUAAUUGGAUGUAAUCAGUGAUGUACCCAUGCUGUUUUGAAGAUAUUUUAUCUAAUAUUACUGACAGAUGCUAGAAUGUCUUAAUGUUAUGGCAACAUAGAAGAAUUGGGUAAAUUUUCAUUCAGAAUCUUCUCUGUGACUGCUGACAUGGAAGCUGACUUUGCUUUUAUGGACAGAUACCUUAAAGGUCUUUUUGGCUGAGCAGCACUUAGUGUUCCCAGUAUAAAUGUGGGAAUAUUUGCACAUUGUUGGAUUCUUCUAUAACUGAGUGAUUACUCUUGCAAAUUCUAGGCAUUGUGGUAACAUCACUUCAAGUAUGGGUUUUUAUCAAAGCUCUUAAACCCUGCAACAAUGGCAUUUGUGUUUUGUUCAUGGGGAUAUUUACAGGGUAGCGUUGGAUUUUAAAUGUAUUUUAGAAUUUCACUAGCAAACACUAAAAUACUGCUUCAGAACAUUUUCCUGCAGAUAGUUUUUUUUUUUUUUUUUUUUUGCGUGAUACCACCUUAUUACUUAACCUGAAACUUACAAGCCAAGUUUGUUUUCACUAAUUGUAGCUUUCAGCAGUAGUUACAAGUGUGGGAUGUUUAGGCUGUAUUCUUUCCGUAAGUGAAGAUAUAGUACAGCACUUAGUAGUUUCGAUCACUGAAAAGAAAACAAAAGUUAGCAGAAUACAUUAGAAAUAGUUUUAAGUAAUUUAUCAUAUGCCAGAUGUGUGCCUUGCUAGCUGUCUGUACGCAAAAUGAGUACAAGUGCAUUAUAGGCUAACAUAAUUCUCAUUUUAGGAAGAGUAAAGGCUUCUGGCAUAAGUAUAUGAAAUCAUUGAUCUUUAUCCAAAUAAUUUUUUUCAAUAUCCAGUCCAGUACUGGAUGGAAUUUCUUCCUAGUUCCAGAUAUAUUUUGAUAUAUCCUACAGUUACAUAUUAAUAUUGGCAAAUGGCUAUAAAACAGGUAGUGCAGUUUAUAGAUUUGAAUCAAAUUUUUUACUUUUGGGGCUGUUAGGUUAUUCUGACACCUUCAUCCUUAAAACAAAGCACUUCAAUUUUGACUUUUGGGCUACACUUAGUUAUAUUAAAUUGUUUAGAAAAUCAAUGUAAACUUUAAUGCUUUCUCUGAAUCUGAUUUAGCAGUAGAGGAAGACAUUUGCACUUCAUGGAAUCCAAUUGAUACCAUUGUAGGAGUAAAUUUAUAUUGCCUAGCUAUGAAAACAAGGUCUAGUUUGAUGAUGCACAAAUAUUUUCCCCCAAUCCAAUAUUUUAUUUACACUGAAUGCAUAUUGAAAAUAUGUAUUUACUUAAAACACAUUUUGCCUAGCUAUAGGCAUAUCAAGCUGCUUUACCAAUUAUGUAUAAAAUACAUCUUUGGGGAAAAAAAACUCCAGAUAACCAUUUGUAAAAAGUUAGGUUUUAAAAAGUGAACGUUCAAGAAUUCUCUGCUGUGUAUGAUUAAACUGUACUUCUGGCAUGAGUUAAAAUGCUGUAAUUCUAAUAAGCUUUGAAUAAAAUGCCUGAAUUUUAAAUUUGUAUUCAUGGUAAUGGCAUGGAUUC